CUGGAGGUGCGAGAGGAGCUCAGGAAAGCCCGGGAGAAGAUGAUGGAUGCGUCACGCUCUAUGAGCAAUGGCUUCUCCUACCAGGAGAAACUCUCCCCUUCCCAGCUCAGCUCCGUGCUGGAAGCCGUCGCGGGCGAAUAUGCCCUGGUCAUCAAUGGGCACAGCCUGGCCCACGCACUGGAGGCAGACAUGGAGGUGGAAUUCCUGGAGACAGCGUGUGCCUGCAAGGCCGUUAUCUGCUGCCGUGUCACACCCCUGCAGAAAGCCCAGGUGGUGGAGCUGGUGAAGAAGUACAAGAAAGCUGUGACCUUGGCCAUUGGGGAUGGGGCCAACGAUGUCAGCAUGAUCAAGACUGCCCACAUCGGGGUGGGCAUUAGUGGGCAGGAAGGCAUCCAGGCCGUGCUGGCCUCCGACUACUCCUUCUCCCAGUUCAAGUUCCUGCAGCGCCUGCUCCUGGUGCACGGGCGCUGGUCAUACCUGCGCAUGUGCAAGUUCCUCUGCUACUUCUUCUACAAGAACUUUGCCUUCACCAUGGUCCACUUUUGGUUUGGCUUCUUCUGUGGCUUCUCAGCUCAGACUGUGUAUGACCAGUACUUCAUCACGCUGUACAACAUCGUCUACACGUCGCUGCCUGUGCUCGCCAUGGGUGUUUUUGACCAGGAUGUGCCGGAGCAGCGGAGCAUGGAGUACCCCAAGCUCUACGAGCCUGGGCAGCUGAACCUGCUCUUCAACAAGAGGGAGUUCUUCAUCUGCAUCGCUCAGGGCAUCUACACCUCCGUCCUCAUGUUCUUCAUUCCCUACGGCGUUUUCGCCGACGCCACCCGUGAUGACGGUGCCCAGCUGGCCGACUACCAGUCCUUCGCCGUCACCGUGGCCACCUCCCUCGUCAUCGUCGUCAGUGUGCAGAUCGGGCUGGACACGGGAUUCUGGACAGCCAUCAACCACUUCUUCAUCUGGGGCAGCCUGGCCGCGUAUUUCGCCAUCCUCUUUGCCAUGCACAGCGACGGCCUCUUCAGCCUCUUCCCCAACCAGUUCCGCUUCGUGGGUAACGCACAGAACACGCUGGCCCAGCCCACGGUCUGGCUGACCAUCGCCCUCACCACCGUGGUCUGCAUCGUGCCCGUGGUGGCCUUUCGCUUCCUCAAGCUGGACCUGAAACCUGAACUCUCGGACACG